GGGGGGGCUGUCACCAUUUGGUAGGAGGGAGAAGAAGGAUCGAAAGCAAACAAGCGCUAUGCAAAAGGGGCCAAAAGAUCGCUGUGAACAAGAAAGCUGAUGUCACAACCUGUUCAUUCGUCGCUUGGUCAAAGGACAAUGCAGGGUUUUGAUGGGAUCAACUACUUGUAUAAAUGCCUCUAGGACAUGUCACACUACUCUCCACAUCCCUCCUCAAGUCAACACUUGAAAAAUACGUUUAAAAUAUCGCCCUCCUUUUGGCGCAUUCUUCCCUCAGAUUGAACUGUAUUGGUUAAAAAGCUUCCAUUACAUUAUAGCCCAUACCGAACUUGCAUCAUGAAAAUCCAGAACCUUGUCUCUCCCCGCCGCGACAAUACCUCUCUGCCAACGAACGGCAAUACCAAUGGCGAUGGCAUACCCAAUGAAGUGCAAGGACAAGGUCGUGACCCGAUGACGAUACUCAAAAUGCCGAUGCGUGGGACGGUUCAUGUUCCUAGAUCGAGGAUUUGGAGAGCUGUUGUUGCGGAAUUUAUUGGUACUGCAUUCUUUGUCUUUUUCGUUGGUGGUUCUGUUCAAACACCUGCCAUCAUACGCAAUGAAGCCCCAGCUACAGCGGCCGAUUUCGUUAUUACCGGCUUCGUGCAAGGUCUCGCUAUCCUCUGUCUCGUCGCAUCCAUUGCAGGCAUUUCCGGCGGUCAUAUCAACCCGGCGGUUACAGCCUGUCUGAUGGUGGUUCGCAGUAUGCCAGUCAUAACUGGCAUCAUGUACAUGAUCGCCCAGUUUAUUGGUGCGAUUGUGGGUGCUGCUCUCUUUAAGGCUUGCGUAGCGUCACGCGGUGGUGACCUUGGAGCUACCGUUCCCACCUGGUGGAUUAACCCAUUCCAAACUAUUCUGAUCGAGUUCUUUAUCACGUCGAUGUUACUGUUUGUUGUCUUGUCCACAGCCGUUCAUGCGGGUGUGACCUCGUCGGGAAUCAAACCUCUGGCACCCAUCCCAAUCGGCUUUGCUGUUGCAAUUGGUGUCUUUUUAGCGGGUCCUUUGACCGGUGGAUCAAUGAAUCCAGCCAGGUCCUUUGGUCCGGCCGUGGUAUCCAACACUUGGCGAUACAACUAUGCAUUUUGGGUUUCCCCCUUCCUCGCAUCCGUAGUGGUAGGAAUUUUAUACAAGAUCAUCUUUUUAUCAGCACCCAUCAGCCAAGAGCAAGCACACAACUCUGGACUGGAAUUCGCUCCCUCACAUGUUACUUUGGACAUGGGAUCAGCAACUCCCGAGGAGCGUGCUCUGGCGUCGAGGCCUACCGGCAUCUCUGAAGCAGAGUUUAUAAAUCGCAGUGCCUCCAAUGAAGAUAUAUGUAGGGUUCCUCUCGGAGUCGGUACAGCCGUGAUGCGUAGUACUGGCCAAGGCGUGACAGAACAGUCACUGCACAGUUCGCCCCUCACCGGGGUGGAGAGGGCUGUAUGAGGUUUGGAGCUGCGGUAUUGCACCCACAUAUCAUUGCGCAGGGUAGUAUACAGAAGCGGGCGCAGUGGGGGGUUCUUGUACAAUUUGAAGGGCUGUGCAGAUAAAUUCAGGUCGUAGCGUAGGUUGUAGCACAAGUCGUAGGGUUGCGAACAGGGAAGGCUGAGAAUGAGGUUUGCGUAUAUAUGUUAUACCAUCUGUGAGGUUCAAACAAUAAAGAGAAAAUAUUCUGCUA